AGGAAGAAAGUUUGAGGAUGCCUUCAUAGCUUUGUUUUAUGCUAUUGAGGCAAAAAUAGCCUCUCUCCAAUCUCCAUUUAGCUUUCAUCCUCCAUAAACCCUUGAGGAGUGAGGACUUGCCGUUCUGCAGCCCGUUCCAAGUUCCAUGCUUUGCUCCACUGAACCAGUUAGAGAGAGAAGAAAUACUGCCCCCCUAUAUCUCCCAAUCUCUCUUAGCAAUCACUAAACUCACCAAGCCUGCCACACUAAUAAGGUAAGAAACUCUCCAAGAAACUCGCUUUUAUACAUUUCUAGUGAAUUUAUCUUACUUUAGCCUUUCUUUUUGUUUGUUAACUCUCUAGCUAUCACCAUUCUUCAUUUCUCAUCAAAAUAGCCAUGACCCACUUUGGCAAAUUUAAAAUUUUCAAAUGGGUUUCAUCCAAUUUUGUUGGUAGCAACAAAACCCCGUUGUCCUCAAUGGUGUCAUUAUUCAACAUUGCAGAAAACCCUAGGUUCUAUAGUACCAAGAGGAUAGUUCAAACUGAAAAUGGACAAAGCAUAAGCCCAGUUUCUAGGACAGAAGCCCAGGCUGCGUUAUUAGAAUAUCUGCACUUCACUAGAAACAUACAGUUUACGGAUGCAGAGAAUAUGAGUAAAAAUUCACCUCAUUUUCUUGAAAAGUUAUUAGCAAAGGUUGAUAUUGAUGCAAAUAUUGGGCAGUCCAUUACCCGUUACUUGUGUUUUCACCCUAUUAAUGAAUUUGAGCCUUUCUUUGAGAGUUUGGGUCUAAAACCUCAUGAUUAUAAUCCUCUUCUUCCACGUGAUCUGAUGUUUUUAUGUGACGAUGAUUUACUUUUAGAGAAUUAUCAUGUUUUGUGUAAUUAUGGGAUUGCAAGAAGUAAGAUAGGAAAGAUUUAUAAGGAAGCCGCGGAAGUUUUCGGGUAUGAUUAUGGGGUCUUGGUGCUGAAACUAAAAGCUUAUGAGGAAUUGGGGCUUGGCCAGUCUUUUAUGAUGAAGUUGGUUGUCUGUAGCCCUUAUCUUUUGAUUGGAGAGGUGAAUGCAGACUUUAUCAAGGUAUUAGAGAUAUUGAGAAAAGAGGGAGUUGAUAUCAGUGGGAUAGAGGAGCAUUUGUCCGAGAAGAGUUCUUAUGACUGGAGCAAGUUGCUUGCACUGCUCAACUUAUUUAGGCAUGCAGGUUACAAUGAGAAGCAGCUAGGUGGACUCAUAAGCCAGCAUCUGGCAAUUUUCUUUGAGGAUUCAGUGGAUAGGAUAUAUUUGCUAAUCGGUUUCCUCCUCAAAUUUGGAUCCACGAUGAAUCAGAUAUGUUCUAUGUUUUUGUGGUUCCCGCAAAUGGAAUUUGAGGAAUUCUUUUCAAAUUUAAGGCAUUGCUUUCUGUUCUUGAAUGAGAUCCAGAUGGAGGCACAUGAGAUUCAGAGUAUUUUCCGUUCUCACCCACUAAUGCUUGGUUCAUGUAGAUUGAAGAAACCCAACACAUUGCGUUUAGCCUUGCAUGCUGCAGAGAAGAGAAUGUGUGAAGUCAUCCAAGAGAGCCCACAAGUUUUGAAGAAAUGGGUGAUGGGAUCAAAAGUUAAACGAUUGCCAAACUUGAGACUUAAAUCACGGAAGCUGAAGACCAAGUUCUUGCUGGACUUGGGAAUUGUAGAUAACUCAAAUAAAAUAGGAAAAGCACUCAAGGUUUUCCGGGGCAGUGGAGAAAAGUUCCAAGAGAGGUUUGAUUGUAUUGUGGAAGCUGGUGUGAGCAGAAAAGAUGUUUGUGAAAUGAUAAAAGCAUCUCCUCAAAUUCUUGGCCAAUCGAAAGAUGUUCUUGAAAUGAAGAUUGAUUUUCUUGUAAAUAAGGUGGGUUAUCCAGUAUCAUAUUUGGUCACUUUCCCAUCAUAUCUUAAUUUCACAACGCAAAGAGUGGAGCUUAGGUUAGCAAUGUAUAAUUGGCUCAAAGAUCAAGGAAAAUCUGUGCCCAUGCUUUCCUUGAGAAGUUUAAUUUCUCUCUCAGAUAAAAAGUUCAUUAAUGAGUAUGUAAAUAGUCAUCCUAGAGGCCCUGAAAUUUGGCAGAAUUUGAAGAAAGAAAUUUAUGCUGAAUAAAAAGCCUAUAAAAAGUUCAUUUAUACUUUCCUUGAUGA